AUGCUUGCGAAGGUCAAGAGACUGAUUUUCGAUUGGCCAGCAGUAUUAUCAAUUGGCGAACAACAGCGUUUAUCAUUUGUGCGUUUAUUAGCAUUAUUCAUAUAUACAACCGAUCAUCGUCAACGUUCUUGUCUUGUUAUGCUGGAUGAAAGUACAAGUGCAAUUAAUAUUGAUACAGAAUUACAAAUAUAUAAAACAAUGGUUAGCCUGGGUAUUUGGUAUGUAACAAUAUCACAUCGACAAUCUCUGAUUGAUUAUCAUCAUAAACACUUAAAACUACAUAAAAAUACCGAGUACCAACAGUCAGAAUCGAACAAUGAAUUGAUUAUAUCAAUGGAGAAAGAAGUAGAAGAAGAGAUAGUCACAGAUGAGUUAAAUAAUCCUUGCCUUGCUGGCCAACAAAGUGAUAAUCCAAUGAUAACGAGUAUGAACGACAUUCCACCAUUUAAAUCUUCAUCAUCACUGUUUCAUCAAAUAAAAGAAAUAUGGUCUCUCAUACAUUUACCAUUUGAUUUGAACAAUGAUGAUGGUAGAAAAUUGCGUCGAGAAACAUAUUUAUUUUGGUUAUGUGCUUUUAUAUGGUUGGGUGUAUAUUGUUACUUAGGCUAUCGUUUAGCAACACAAACAGGUACAAUUUUUCAAGUUUUGGGUGAUUAUGCUGGCGAGAAAAUAACUAUUGAUCAAGCACGUAGUAAAAUAAAAGGUGACAGUUUAAUAUUAACCGGAUACAUAUUGGGUGUAGCAAUCUCGUACAGUUUGAUUAUUUCAUCUGGACAAAUUAUUUCAUCAUUGUAUACAAAACGACAAUUAUUAUCGAUUGGACAUCUAUUAUUUCAAUAUGACACAAUGUAUCAUUCAAAACAUGUUACAUUAAUUCCAAAUAUGUUAUCACAUGAUCUACAUGAAUUUAAUACACAAUUAUUUCACUUUCUAUUUGGAUCGAUUUAUUACAACGGAAUUCUUGGUACCAUUGUUCAACUUAUUCCAUAUACAGCAUUAUUACUUCAACAUAAUGGCAAAAAUAAUACGAUUAUCAUUUAUGUAUGGCAAAUUGUGUUUAUGAUCAUACUGAUCGUGACCAUUAUUCCAUUUUAUCGUUCAAAUGUUAAAUUUGAAACAUAUUUUUCACAUUUUGUUAAUCAACAAAAACGUGUUGAAUUACAAUCAGAACAAAUUGUUUUGAGUGAUCGAAGUGUUAUGGAUACAGAACAAAAUCAGCUAAAAGAAAAACUUGCUCAAUCCUUUGGGGCACAAAUCAAAACCGGAUUGUUCUAUGGAUUAUAUGUUGGUAUUAGUUCAUUUAGUGGUUAUGGAGGCGUUGUAAUUAAAUAUGCUAUACCUAGUGCCCUUUAUUUUUAUUUUACAAAAAAUAUUACAACCGAUAUGGCAACAUCGAUUAUUACAUUGACUGUCUAUAGUGGAUAUAUACAAAAUACGUUCGGUAAUUUUAAUUCGCUAGGACAACCGUUUACACAAUUAUGCACACUGGCUAAUAGAGUUAUUACAGUUUUAGCUCAAUUGAAAGUAUUGAAUAAAACUCAUCAUCACUUACAACUCAAAGAAUUAGAAUUGAAACGUCGUAUUUAUGUAGAGAACGACGACAAUAUACUAUCAUUAAUAAAUGUUAAUAUUCGUAUUUCACAAACAUCUCAUCUAUUAAUUCAGCAACUAAAUUUUGUCUUAGAAUCAAAAACAUCAUCAUUAAUUAUCACUGGACCAUCGGGUUGUGGAAAAUCAUCAUUGUUACGCCUGUUAGCUGGUUUAAACUACAAUUUAACCUAUGAUAACGAUGAUGAAGAGCUAACUGAAAUAUCAUGUAUUAAAAUUUUAUCUAAACAAUCGAUGUUAUUUUUACCUCAACAAAUACAUUUAAUCGAAGGUACAUUACGUGAACAAUUAUCUUAUUUAAAACAAGCAAAAUAUGGUGUUAGUUUGUUGACCAUUCAAAAUGAUGAAGAAGAACAAUCAUAUCAACUACUAAAACAAUUUAAUCUACAUCAUUUAAUUGCUCGUUAUACAUGGGAUACAAGACAAUUAUGGUCAAAAAUAUUGUCUGUCGGAGAACAACAACGAUUGAUUAUUGUUUGUUCGUUAUUAAUCGGAAGUGAUCGAAUAAAAUGUUUUGUUUUGGAUGAAACAACGAGUGGAUGUGAUGAACAAACAGAACGUUCUAUCUACAAUGCUUUAAAGCAAUCAACAAUUCAAUAUAUAACUGUAUCACAUAGACAUGAAUUAAUAAAAUAUCAUACACAUCAAUUAACUAUUGAUCCAAAACAACAAAUAUAUAAAUUUCAAAAAUUGUGCUAA